AUGACGAGAGGCAUUGAUGGUGCUCAGGAAGUGGCGGUCCAUUCAUUGGAUUACGAACAUGACCGAGAGUUUGUUGUUGAGUCCAUCUCCUCAGACACCGAGGGAGUAGGGCACCAGAGGAAUUCUAAAGAGCUCAUUGCGGUGGAAGCUGCGCGGUUUCUCAAGAAAUGUGGCCUCUACAAGCACCUCCUUGGUUCUGGACAGCACAUCUUCAUGUAUAGGUAUUACUUUUUCCUUAUGAUUCAUGAAUCUACACCUACAAGACCCCACGGGUCAUCUGAGAUGGGUGAAGCAUUUUGCAUCUUUGAGCGUCGACAGCAACACAUGAAACAUGAUGAACGCAAAGACAAGUGCUUUAUGGUCUCCAUCAAGGAUAGCGCUGCACCUGCAUCCAAUAGCUACGAGCAAUAUGGUAAUGGAGAGACCCUUGCCGCCCUUAAGAUUUACUAA